UCCUUAUUUCCUGUGAGGUGAGAUCAGAGCUGUGUGGAAGCGAUGCCAUUCCAGAUGUCAAGGUGACAGGACCUUCAUGGGGGUGUGGGGGGCUGCAGCAUCUUGCUGACCCUGUCAUCACAAGAGGCAGUAGAAAGGAGGCCUGUGACUGGGCAGGAAGGCACUGGCAGAGGGACUGGGCAGGAUGCAGGAUAGGAGGGAGGGGCCCUAUGCUCCUUGCCCUGGGCCCGCCUGCUGGGGCCUGCCCACUGGGGCCCGCCUGCCAGGGAGUGCCUUGCCUGGAAGGGAGGGCAAGGGCCAUGUCCUUUCUUUGCCCCACCCUGCCGACAAGAGUCCCCGUCACCCGGCCACUCUUUCUGUCCAGGACUCUCAAGGGAGCCCAGAAUCUCCAGCGGCUGGAGCACUGGGGGCCAUCCAGACAGAGCCUUCCCUGGACCAGGUCCUGCAGGAGCGGGAUGAAGCCAUCGCCAAGAAGCGGGCAGUGGAGGCCGAGUUGGACACAUGCAAGGCCAGGCUGCGUGCGGUGGAGGCCCAGCUGCUGGAGGUCCUGGAGGAGAAACUGAGGCUGAGGCAGGAGGUGGAAGCCUGGGAGGAGGACAUGCAGCAGCUGGUGAGGCAGCAGGUCCAGAGUCAGCUGGAGAGAGAAGCCAGGGACGCUCAGGGUGCCCAUGGGGACCCUGGUGCUGCCAGGAGCCCCUGGGCCCGACUGGGGCGCUGGUGGUGAGAACUCGUUGGAGGAUUUUGGGAAAUUGUCUUUAUUCAUUAAACCUAGAGGCCUGGCCACUGCA